AUGAAGACCUUUAACACGGCGCAACUUUGGUCGGGACGUGGCGCGAGCGUGACGGGAGAAAAAUCUCCGUCCGACGACGGUACGACCAAAAAACUGACGGACGACACAAGGUUGUACGACCAUAAAAUGGCCGUAACGCCGAGGCGAUGUACACCGUACUUACUGUGCAAGACGCUGUCGGUUUCCACUGGCUUCGGGCACAAUUCACUCGCGUUGUCGCUGUGCGAGCGGCGGGCGGCAACUAGGGCGUCCCGCUGGCGCCUUCCCCGCCCCUCCUUAUCACGGGAA